AUGCCGCGUUUUCGUCUCGUCAGGGUGGAUCUGAUUUUGGUCGCAUUCCAGUGCUUCAAACUGAUUGUCACCGACUAUUUGUCCUCUCUAUCUCCGGAUUGUUACGCUGCUUGUGUGGCCACAGCCGCCAGAUUCGGGCAUCAGAAACAGGAUUUGAACAUCGCGUUGACUGCGAUUGGUCACAUUGUGAGUUUGGUCACACCCUGUGUUACUCAACCAACAUAG